AUGUCCUCAUUAGCCCCGCUUCAAGUUCUUCUUCUGUACUGUAUUACUAUUUCACUUGCCUUUCAAGCACAUGCACUGGACUCCUACUACAAGCCUCUAUCAAGUUAUCUCCCUAAAAAUUCCAAGAAGAUCUUAAACACAAUAGACUCAUGCUGGCGUACCAACACUAAAUGGGCAACAAACCGCCGCGCCUUGGCCGACUGCGCGGUGGGUUUUGGCAAAGGCGCCGUGGGAGGGAAAUACGGUGCUAUAUACGUAGUCACUAAUCCGUACGAUGACCCAGCAAACCCCAUGCCGGGAACCCUUCGUUAUGGUGUUAUCCAAACAGAACCUCUAUGGAUAAUUUUUGACAAGGACAUGGUGAUUACACUUAAAAAUGAGCUUAUAAUAAAUAGUUUCAAGACUAUAGAUGGGAGAGGGGCUAAAGUGGAGAUUGCAAAUGGACCUUGUAUAACAAUUCAAGGUGUUAGCCAUGUUAUUAUACAUGGAAUAAGUAUUCAUGACUGCAAGCCAGGGAAAUCAGGCAUGGUUAGGAGUAGUCCUACACAUGUGGGACGUCGAGGAGGCUCUGAUGGGGAUGCGAUUGUUAUAUUUGCUUCUUCAAAUGUUUGGAUUGACCAUUGCUAUAUUGCUCGUAGCGCAGAUGGCCUGAUCGAUGUCAUUCAUGCUUCAACUGGUGUCACGAUCUCUAACAACUACUUUGCCCAUCAUGAUAAGGUGAUGUUGCUUGGACACAAUGAUGGGUAUGUCGCAGAUAAAGUUAUGAAGGUAACAAUAGCCUUCAACCAUUUUGGCACUGGACUUAUUGAGAGGAUGCCAAGGGUGAGAUUUGGGUAUGCCCAUGUUGCUAACAAUAGAUAUGAUGAAUGGGAAAUGUAUGCAAUUGGUGGCAGCGCUAAUCCAACCAUCUUUAGUGAAGGGAACUAUUUUAUAGCGCCAGAUAGAGGUUUUUCAAAGCAGGUUACGAAAAGAGAAGCCAAAAAUGGUUGGAAGAAUUGGAAAUGGAGAUCCUCUAAGGAUGUAUUCAUGAAUGGUGCUUAUUUUGUGCAAUCUGGAUAUGGAAGCAUUGCUCCACCUUAUUCUCGGAUUCAAUCAUUUCCAGUUGCUCCUGGCACUAUGGUCCCUGCUUUAACAUCUGAUGCAGGUCCUCUGCACUGUGUUCUCGGUAAAGCAUGUGGAUAUUCUUAUUAG